CAGUCUCAGCCGCGAUUCGCUCACGUUGCGACGCUCAGCAGUAGUUUGAUUCCAGCCGCUCCCACGAGUGCGUCAACGGGUGGGCAUUCGAUCUCUGAUCUCUGUAAAAGCUUCGAACCCGACAUAUCAAAUUACACAUAAAAAUAACUUGAAAAACUAUAAAGACAUUAGUAACAAGUAAUCCACGUACACACACAUGUCAAUAAAUGAUUUUGUAUGUGACUAGAGGUACAAUGAGUUAUUACUUAAUUGCAAUACUGUUCGUCGUAUUGCCUGCAAACGGCGAGCUUCAAGUGGAAUCAAUCAGAUAUCGCCGAGAUGCGCAAAACGACACCAAACCCGAGAGCAGUUUUGAAAAAGAAGAUGUCGGCUGGUCUAAUAUCAAUGCCGAAGUUGAUGUGGUGACGCCUAUGGUAAUUGCACAUCUUCAAAAGCUGGGAAUAGAGCAUUUAGACCUUCCGGAUAUUAAAGAAAGUUUAUCUAUUAAACCUUUCUUCAUCACCUAUGAGGCUGGCCUGCACCUAAGUAAUGGAAUUGUCUACAAUCUUGCAGGCAUACACAGACACAACAAUGCAUUCAUGACAUAUGAAGGCAAAUCGUUCUUAAGUAAAUUUUAUUUAAAAAUUAAUAAGCUUCAGUUUGAAUAUAACUUUUUGCUCAAGUUAAUGGCCAUCGAGGGUUAUGGAAAAGUGCUUGGCACAUUAGAUGACACGAUUGUUUACGCUGAGCUCGCUGUGAAUGUAAUAAAUUCAAAACUUCAUCUUCACGACUUUCGUAUAAUUGAAUUCAGCAAUAUUCAAGUACAAUUGGAUCAAGCCCGUUUAAUUCGCGAGUUUACAGGACUUAUUUUAAGUCCUAUUACAAACCUGUUCAAGGAUCUAAUCACAACAUCAAUAGCCGAUGGACUUAAGGAACAAAUGCAGUCGGUUAUGGAUGAUUUUAACAACGAGGAUCCUUUGGAACUACGUAAAUUUACAAAGCAACUAAUAUCUGGAAUAACCGGCUCCUCGACCGAAUCUAAGGAAUGAAAAUAGUAGUAUUAAAAGUUAUAGAAAAACUGGGAUCUAAUUAUUUUUCCAAUUGAUUAAAAUCUAAAAUGUUUAAAAUCACAAA